UCUGAUGGCGUGGUGCUGCCCAUGUGGAAUCCCCAAAACCCUGUGGUGGGUGAUAAGGUGGCUCGAGCCAUUGUUUACUUUGCAGCGCUUAUAUACAUGUUCCUGGGCAUGUCCAUCAUCGCCGACCGCUUCAUGUCGUCCAUCGAGGUCAUCACCUCUCAGGAGAAAGAGAUCACCAUCAAGAAGCCCAACGGCGAGACGACCACGACAACUGUGCGCAUUUGGAACGAGACCGUCUCCAACUUGACCUUGAUGGCUUUAGGCUCGUCAGCACCAGAAAUCCUUCUGUCCGUCAUUGAGGUGGUGGGCCAUAAUUUUGAAUCUGGAUCUCUGGGGCCGAGCACCAUCGUGGGCAGCGCUGCGUUCAACAUGUUCAUCAUAAUAGCCAUCUGUGUCUAUGUAGUGCCAGAAAACGAGACCCGCAAGAUAAAGCACCUAAGAGUGUUCUUCGUCACUGCCGCCUGGAGCAUUUUUGCCUACAUCUGGCUCUACCUCAUCCUGUCCGUGUUCUCGCCCGGCGAGGUGGAAGUUUGGGAGGCAGUCCUCACCUUUCUUUUCUUCCCACUCUGCGUGCUACAAGCUUGGAUCGCAGACCGCCGCCUGCUCUUCUACAAGUACGUCAAUAAACGCUAUCGUGCUGUCAAGAACCGCGGCAUUAUCAUCGAAUCUGAGGGCGACGCCAUGUUCACCAAAAUGGACUUGGAGAUGGACGGCCAGGGAGUCAACUCGCACUCUCAGCCCAAAGAGGCUUUGGACGGGAUGCUGGAGGGGGUGGAGGAAGGUGGGGGGCUGAGUGCGGAGCAGGACCAAGAGGAGGAAGCUCGAAGGGAGAUGGCUCGCACCCUAAAAGAACUGAAGCAGAGGCAUCCAGAGAAGGAUAUGGAGCAGCUGAUCGAAAUGGCCAACUACCAGGUCUUGGUACAACAACAGAAGAGCCGAGCCUUCUACCGCAUCCAGGCCACGCGGAUGAUGAUCGGCGCCGGAAACAUCCUGAAAAAGCACGCUGCCGACCAAGCGAGGAAGGUGGUGAGCUGUCACGAGGCCAGUGGCCAAGAGGAGGACCCCAACACCAUCUACCUGCAGUUUGACCCCUCCCACUACCAGUGCUUUGAGAACUGUGGCUCCUUAAAGCUCUCAGUGAGCCGGCAUGGGGGAGAGGCCGGCUGCACAGUGAAGGUGGACUACCGCACAGAGGACGGGACAGCCAACGCUGGCUCAGACUACGAGUUUGCCGAGGGCACUUUGGUCUUCAAGCCUGGCGAGACCACAAAAGAGUUCAGCGUUGGUGUGAUUGACGAUGACAUUUUUGAAGAAGACGAGCACUUCUACGUGCGCCUCAGCAACCCCCGCAUAGUGCACCGAGCGGAGGUCUCCGUCCUGGAGCCGCGCUCGAUCUCCUCCAGCAGCGGCACGGCGGGCGUGUCUUCCCACAUGCCGCCGAAAGCCGCCCUGGGCGACGCUCACACCGCCACGGUGACCAUCUACGACGACGACCACGCCGGCAUCUUUACCUUCGAGCGCAAGUCGACGAGGGUCAGCGAGAGCGUGGGAAACAUGCAGGUCAAGGUUCAUCGGACGUCCGGAGCGAGGGGCAAGGUGGCGGUGCCUUACCACACUGUCGAGGGCACCGCCAAGGCUGGAGAGGACUACGAGGAAGUGUCUGGCAAGCUGGAGUUCCAGAACGACGAGACCAUGAAGCUGCUGAACGUGAAGAUCAUCGACGACGAGGAGUACGAGAAGAACAAGACUUUCACCAUUAUAUUGGAAGAGCCCAUUCUGCUGGAAGUGGGUCAGAGACACGGUGAGAACAGAGACACCAACGAUAACAAGACACCGAUAGGGCCAGAGGACGUGGCAAAGAUGGGCUGCCCUUGUUUGGGGGAGCAUACGAGCCUGGAGGUGGUCAUUGAGGAAUCGUAUGAAUUUAAGAGCACAGUGGACAAGCUGAUUAAAAAGACCAACCUGGCCCUGGUGGUGGGGAGCAGCAGCUGGAGAGAACAGUUUGUUAGUGCGGUCACCGUCAGCGCAGGUGAGUUGGCGCGCGACGACGAUGAGGAAGAAAGCGGCGAAGAGCGCUUGCCCUCCUGCUUCGACUACAUAAUGCAUUUCCUGACGGUUUUCUGGAAAGUGCUCUUUGCUUUCGUCCCACCCACUGAGUACUGGAACGGCUGGGCCUGCUUCAUCGUGUCCAUCUCGUUAAUUGGCGCCCUGACAGCCGUGACCGGCGACCUGGCCUCUCAUUUCGGGUGCACCGUCGGCCUGAAGGACUCGGUCACCGCCGUGGUCUUCGUGGCCCUGGGCACGUCUGUCCCAGACACGUUUGCCAGCAAGGUGGCCGCCAUCCAGGACCAAUACGCCGACGCGUCCAUCGGGAACGUGACGGGCAGCAACGCGGUCAACGUGUUCCUGGGCAUCGGGGUGGCGUGGACCAUCGCCUCUGUUUACUGGAAGACCAGCGGCAAGAGUUUCAAGGUGCAGCCGGGCUCGCUGGCCUUCUCCGUCACGCUGUUCACCGUCAUGGCGCUGGUGUGCGUGCUGGCGCUGCUCUACCGCCGCCGUCCCAGCGUCUCGGGCGGAGAGCUCGGCGGCCCACGGACAGCCAAGCUGCUCACCUUGUUCCUCUUCCUCUCCCUGUGGUUCAUCUACAUCCUGCUGUCCUCGCUGGAGGCCUACUGCCACGUGCCUGGCUUCUAA